AAAAAGCUGUAAAGAAAAGAGCCUACUUGUUACCAUUAAACUAAGAUGCAACGAUAUCAGUUAAUCACCAAGCUAGAUGAGAUUUGCAAAAGACCUAAGGAAGGAUUCCGAUUGGACGAGACAGAAAGAGAGAAAAUUGUGGAUGUUUUGAGAAAAUUGGAUAUAGGCAUGUUCGGACUUGAUGUAGAGGAAAUGCACGAGUUGAUUGUUGACCCGAAACAGGAACCUGACGAAAUCACCACGAUAGUGAGAGUGUCCCUAUCGGAAUCGAAGUGUGUCAGUGUCAUAGCAUUUGGGGUCAGGCCAGGACAUGCAAUCCCCUUGCACAACCACGCCUACAUGUACGGAUUCAUGAAACAUGUAUUCGGAAAGGGAACCAUAAAGUCGUACAGCUUCGCCGAACAAAACGACUCUUACAUCACAACUAACAACCGAAAUUUCUCUGUCGGAGAGCAAGUGAAAGUUGAGGAACAAGAAGUUGUUCAAGUUGAUGAAACGACUGUAAACGAAGUGUUCAGAUUCGAUCCUGUGAUUGGUAAUUUCCACACAAUUGUAGCCGACAAAAAUGAACCAGUCGGUUUUAUUGAUGUUUUGCUGCCGCCGUACGACAACAUUUUUAGAAAGCAAGUUUAUUGGAAGGUAAUUGAAGAAUCUGAUCUGAAUUGUAAAUCGCCAGUAUAUUUAAGGGCCAUAGAGUUGCCUGCAGAUUAUACAAAAUAUGUGAUAGAUUUAGAUACUGCAUUGAAUAGAGUUAAAUACAUGGUAAAAACUGGAAAAUUUAAGCGCAAAAUGAAGGCUGACAACUAA